UUACAUGUCUAACAUGUAUUUAUCAUUUAUCCCAUAGAAUGUUGCGAACCAAUCAAAUUACUUGCGUUACAAAUGAUUCGUUCAGUGAUUUGGAUUCAUUAAGAUUACUGGGUUUAGGUAUGGGUUUAGUCACGAAAUUGUUGGGCAAUCGUAAUGAAUGGCACAAACUUUAAGGGGUAUUGAAAAUCGCGUCUAACUAAUAGUGCUAUUGAAUGGCUGGGAAUGGAGUUUAAGAGCAUUUGUUUAAUUGUUUAAUGCAUUGAAUUGGAUAACACGUUGACUACUAAUUGGGUAGACAUUAGCGAUGGUAUAAUUAGUUUUGGUCUUAUAUUUGGUCAGUUCGUUAUACGAUAAUAAGAUCCGGUGCAUAAUGCCCGGUGCCUUCGACCAACUCAAGGCAUUAGCAACACUCAACUUAUUGUCAAAUCCCCUCAAUUGUAACUGUCAUAUGAAAUGGCUAUCCAAUUGGCUCAAGAAUCACAAUAUUGUCACAGGCAAUCCCAGAUGUCAGACACCCGUCGACUUGAGGGACAUUCCCAUUGAGGACAUCGAGCCCAAGGACUUUGAAUGUUCGGAAGUAGAGCGCGAUUACGCCGACUGUGGACCGGACUCUCAAUGCCCGUCGCGAUGCAUCUGCACCGGCAGUGUUGUGCGCUGUUCGCGGCAAAAGUUGAAAGCUGUGCCCCGAUAUGUGCAGCCAAUCACUACUGAAUUAUAUCUCGAUGUGAACGACAUCUCUACCAUUCCUCAUGAACUCAAUCAAUUGCGAGACUUGACUCGACUCGACUUGAGUAAUAACCAGAUCGCUAUUCUCGAGGACAACAUAUUUGGCAAUUUGUCUGAAUUGCAAACUCUGAUCCUCUCGUAUAAUAAACUGCAAUGCAUUCAAAAGGAUGCGUUCCGAGGGUUGAAGAAAUUGCGAGUUCUGUCACUGCAUGGAAAUGACAUCUCAAUGAUUCCCGAGGGCUCGUUUGUGGACCUCAUCUCCAUAUCGCACAUAGCUAUGGGUGCGAACCCUCUCUUCUGUGAUUGCAAUCUUCGAUGGCUCGCAGAAUGGAUUCAAAAGGAUUUUGUUGAGGGAGGGAUAGCGCGGUGUCACGAACCGAGGCCUAUGAGAGAUAAGCUGAUAAUGUCUGCGCCGCCCAACCAUUUCAUAUGCACCGAAGACACUGACCCUUCAAUACUGGCUAAAUGUGAUUCGUGUUAUUCGUUUCCGUGCGCUAACGGCGCCACCUGUAGAUCGCGGCCAUUGCGGGACUACCAGUGCGAGUGCGCGCCCGGCUUUCACGGCCUUCACUGCGAGUAUAAGAUUGACGCGUGUUUUGGCAACCCUUGCGAUAAUGCGGGCACUUGUAAAGUGAUGGAAGCGGGAAGGUUUAGCUAUGACGGCGACCGAUGCGAGACUAAUAUCGAUGAUUGUAAGGCAAACAAAUGUGAGAACAACAGCACAUGUAUCGAUCAAAUCGAGUCUUAUCGGUGCCAUUGUUUGCCUGGAUUUGGCGGAGAAUAUUGCGAAACAAAGAUACAGUUUUGUCAUAAAGAAUACAAUCCAUGCAAAAAUGGCGCUCAAUGUGUCGACCAUAAGACACAUUAUCAAUGUCUGUGUGGGAAGGGAUUUAGUGGUUACAACUGUACGGAUAAUGUAGACGAUUGUGCGGAUAAUUUGUGCCAAAACGGGGCCACUUGUAUGGAUGGUGUGAAUAGCUAUCGGUGUGAAUGUCCGGUUGGAUUUGCGGGCAAAUUCUGUGAAUUGGCGCCUAUGGUUGAACUCUACCCUCAGACCAGUCCCUGUCAACAACACGACUGCAAACAUGGCGUUUGUUUUAUGCCAUCCGGUUCGUCGGACUAUAUCUGCAAAUGCAGUGCCGGUUAUACGGGAAAGCGAUGUGAAAUGAUGUCCUCCAUAUCGUUUAGAGAGGGCUCUUAUCUAGAGUUGGAUCCCUUGAAGACCAUCCCUGACGUGAAUUUGACGCUCAAGUUUGUCACCCGAAAGGAGUCGGGAGUUGUGCUGUAUUGGGGAGAGAGUCAACACUUGGCCGUUGAGUUGUUUAAGGGAAGGAUCCGUAUUAGUCUGGAUGUCGGCAAUUAUCCGGUCUCUACAAUGUUCUCCUAUGAGAUGGUAAGCGACGGACGCUAUCAUCAAAUCGAGUUCUUAUUGGUCAAGAAGAACAUCACAAUGAGAGUAGACGGCGGACAACAGCGCACUAUCGUUAACGAAGGUUCCAAAGAGUACUUGGAGUGCAAGUCGUCGUUAUAUAUCGGAGGAAUGCCUGAAAAGGUGGCCAACAAUGCCCUCAAGAAUUGGCAGAUUUGGAAUUCUUCGAGUCUCGAAGGAUGUAUGCGCGAGAUAUUGAUGAACGGGAACCCGCCUGACCUGAACGGUGCCCGCCGUCAGCAUUUGGUACAACCGGGUUGUGUUGAGUUCGAUGACAUCAAUAAGCCGUGUCUCAAUCAUUUGUGCCAAAACGGCAAAUGCGUGCCGACUAGUGAUCAACAGACAUAUGAAUGCAAAUGCAGGAGUGGAUGGAACGGUCCCUUUUGUGAUCAGGCGCCCACCUGUCAGAAAGAAAUGAAACGAGACUUCUAUUACUCGGACACGUGUCGGUCGACCAAGAAAUUAAAAUUAUCGCAAUGUGUGGGCAGUUGUGGUGACAACUGCUGCAAAGCAUUGAAGAGUAAGCGCCGAUCGGUGCGCAUGGCCUGCACUGACGGAUCCAAGUUUACCAAAGAGAUUGAAAUGGUCCGCAAGUGUGGCUGUAGUGGCAAGUGUUGAGUCACCGAUAUAUACAGUACACAAGUAUUCACGAGUAUUCAAAAGCAAUUACAAAUGCCAUCUAAAAGCUAUUACUUACUAAUUUGAUGCCAAAAGGAUUAUUACAACUAAAUAACUCAUUAAUCAAUUCAUUUCAAUGGUUUAACCACUAAUUAAUACCUCAUUGAAAGGCCGCACAAAUGAACACAAAGCACUGUUAAAUCGUUUACUGCCAUAAAUAAAGUCAUUAUUUUGAUAAUAAUUAAAUGAAAACUCAAUCACAGACUCGACAACAAUAACUGUAAUACUAAUGUGGACUCAAAUCUCAUGGAAUCUCAGACUAUCUGUUCUGCAACUAAAGCAAUGAAAUGAAGUCACAAACAAAACAUCUCUUUUAAAGUUAUUCGCAAUUCUCAUGUCUUUUACCGCUUUGUAUAUAAAAGUUUUUGUGUAUAAAAAUUUAAGCCUAAACUAUGCUAUAAGUUGUGUUCAAAUUUACAUUAAUUUAAUUAUUUAAUUAAUACUAAUAUUAUUAUAUAUUAACAAUAUAUUCGGAGGGAAAC